UACCCCAAAGCAAAGCAAUCUGGAGUAAGGAUCGCCGCCGAAGCAAUGGCGACGGCGAGGGGCACCGAGCGGCGGCGGCAGGGCGGGGAUCGCACCCGGGCCAGGCUGCGAGAGAGGAUCAAGUACCGCCACGACAGGCUCGUCCAGGACGCCUGGGAGGUCUCCGAGCUCUUCGCGCCCCACCUCGCCAUCCUCGCCUUCACCGCAGUUGGCAAACCCCUUCUCUUCGGCAACCCCACCCUCGACUCCGUCCUCAGCAGUGUCUUCCUCGACGCCGACGUCGGGACCGAGACGGUGGACGAGGCCGCGGCGCGCGUGGCGGCGGUGAGGCGUGAGGUGGGGUGGAUCGAGGCGCAGGUCGCGCACGAGCAGGCGCGGCUGCGCGCCGUCGCGGAGAAGGUCAGGGCAGCGCAGGAGGAACAGGGGAGGGCGCACUGGUGGGAGGUGGAUGUGGACGCGCUCCGGGAGGCAGAGCUGCCCGAGUUCGCCACGGCGCUCGAUGCUCUCAGGGCCGACGUUCUCCGCCGCCUCGCCAAGUUGGCCGAAGCCCGGAAGCCACCGCGGCGGCAGUGGUAGUGGCUUCGCCAUGGGGAUCGUCGCACGGCUGACGGGUUCGUUCAGUCCAUCAGAUUAUUUUUUGCUUGCCUAAUCAGGUCAUUGUUCGGGAUUGGAACAGCAGUACGUAGCUGCAUAUAGCAAGAUGUUACAACUUUAGCUUGCAUUUUUUUUGUUCAUUGCGUGGAAAAUCCUCUCGAUGAUUGAAUCGGAGUAUAUGCAUAAUCAGGAAUGACGUGGUAGAACAAAUUGUUGCUCCCUGGAGUAUGGUUUUAUUCUGAAUUUUUGCUGAUGCAUCUGAUCUGAAGGUACAAGUAUAUAGUUCAGAGU